AUGGGGCUUCAAGAAUACCAAAUUGUCGGACGCCAUCUUCCGACCGAGUCCGACCCGACUCCCAAAAUCUAUCGCAUGCGCAUCUUUGCGGCGAACGAGGUUGUUGCCAAGUCGAGGUUUUGGUAUUUCUUGAGGCAAUUGAAGAAGGUCAAGAAAGCCAAUGGCGAGAUCAUUGGUGUCAACGUUAUCCAUGAAAAGAAGCCGCUAAAGGUGAAAAACUUUGGCAUUUGGCUCCGGUACGACUCUCGGUCUGGCACGCACAACAUGUAUAAGGAGUACCGUGAGCUGACGAGGGCGGAUGCUGUGAAGAGCAUGUACCAGGAUAUGGCUGCCAGGCAUCGUGCGAGGUUCAGGUCGAUUCAUAUUCUCCGUGUCGUGGAAAUUGAAAAAACCGAAGACGUCCGUCGUCCCUACAUCAAGCAACUCACGGUUCCGAAACUCAGAUUCCCUCUCCCUCACCGCGUCUCCAAAUUCAAGUCAACCUUUGUCGCUCACCGUCCUUCGACUUUCUAA